UUCAUCAUCAUUGAUUUGUUGUUGGAUUCUGAUAUUCUGAUUAGUUGCUGUGGUGAAGAUGACGGUUGGCGCUGGCAUAACCGUUGAAGAUGGAAGUUUAAUGGUGUUGGGGAACAAGGUGUUGGGAGAAGUGCAUGCCAACGUUGUUGUCACUCCGGCAUCCGGUGGCGCAUUGGCCAAUGGGGCCUUCAUCGGAGUCGAGUCUGAUCAGAAGGGUAGCCGGAAAGUGUUUCCGAUCGGCAAACUCGAGGGGUUGCGGUUUAUGUGUGUAUUUCGGUUUAAGAUGUGGUGGAUGACGCAGAGGAUGGGGAGUAAUGGUCAAGAUGUUCCAUUUGAGACUCAGUUUCUGAUUGUGGAGACUAAGGAAGGUGGUAAUUUUGGUGAGGGUAGCAAAACUGGAGGGGAGGAAUCUGCUGUGUAUACAGUUUUCUUGCCGAUUCUCGAGGGUGAUUUCAGGGCUGUUCUUCAGGGGAAUGAACUGAAUGAGAUUGAAAUCUGCUUAGAAAGUGGAGAUCCUGAUGUUGUUGGAUUUGAGGGUAGUCAUUUGGUUUUUGUUGGCGCUGGAUCAGACCCAUUUGAAGUCAUCACAGAUACUGUCAAGACUGUAGAGAAGCAUUUACAGACAUUUCAUCAUCGUGAGCGAAAGAAGAUGCCAGAUAUGCUGAACUGGUUUGGCUGGUGUACAUGGGAUGCUUUCUACACUGAUGUCACUUCAGAGGGUCUAAAGCAAGGGUUAGAGAGCUUUGAGAAUAGUGGAGUGCCUCCGAAGUUUGUUAUUAUAGAUGAUGGAUGGCAAUCAGUUAGUAUGGAUGACACUGGUGUUAGCUUCUUAGCUGAUAACGCAGCAAACUUUGCAAACAGAUUGACAAAUAUAAAAGAGAACCACAAAUUUCAAAAAGAUGGUAAAAAGGGUCACAGAGUAGAGGAUCCAUCUUUGGGACUUCGCCAUAUUGUAUCUGAAAUUAAGGAGAAACAUGCUUUGAAGUAUGCUUAUGUGUGGCAUGCUAUAACUGGUUACUGGGGUGGUGUUAGACCUGGUGUUUCCGGGAUGGAACACUAUGACUCCAAGUUGGCCUACCCUGUUUCAUCUCCAGGGGUUGAGUCCAAUGAGCCUUGUGAUGCCUAUAACAGCAUUGCCAAAAAUGGCCUUGGCCUUGUGAAUCCUGAGAAAGUUUUCCACUUCUAUGAUGAACUGCACUCUUAUCUCGCAUCAGCAGGAAUUGAUGGGGUUAAAGUUGAUGUUCAAAACAUUCUCGAAACUUUAGGGGCAGGUCAUGGUGGAAGGGUGAAACUUGCAAGAAAAUAUCAUCAGGCAUUAGAAGCGUCUAUUGCGAGAAACUUUCCUGACAAUGGUAUCAUUUCUUGUAUGAGCCACAACACAGAUGGUUUGUACAGUGCGAAGAGGUCAGCUGUUAUAAGGGCAUCAGAUGAUUUCUGGCCUAAAGAUCCUGCAUCACACACAAUUCAUAUCGCUUCAGUUGCUUAUAACACUGUUUUUCUCGGAGAAUUCAUGCAGCCAGAUUGGGAUAUGUUUCAUAGCUUACACCCGAUGGCUGAAUACCAUGGAGCAGCUCGUGCUGUAGGUGGAUGUGCAAUUUAUGUUAGUGACAAGCCAGGGCAGCAUGACUUCAAUCUUCUAAGGAAGCUUGUACUCACUGAUGGCUCCAUCUUGAGAGCUAAACUACCAGGAAGACCAACAAGGGAUUGCUUAUUUUCUGAUCCAGCUCGAGAUGGGAAAAGUCUUCUAAAGAUAUGGAAUCUGAAUGAAUUUACCGGAGUUGUGGGAGUCUUUAACUGCCAGGGAGCUGGGUGGUGUAAGGUUGGAAAGACGAACCUCAUCCAUGACUUAGAGACAGGCACAGUUACUGGGAUCAUUAGGGCUAAAGAUGUCGAUUAUCUGCCCAAGGUUGCACAUGAGGAAUGGACUGGGGAUGUUGUCAUAUAUUCCCAUCUUGGUGGAGAGGUGAUAUAUCUUCCCAAGGAUGCAUCUAGGCCAAUCACCCUGAAAUCUCGAGAGUACGAAGUUUUUACAGUGGUUCCAGCUAAGAAAUUGUCUGAUGGAGUAACAUUUGCUCCCAUCGGCUUAAUCAAGAUGUUCAACUCUGGGGGAGCCAUAAAAGAAUAUGAAUCUACGAGCAGUGCUACAAUUGACAUGAAAGUGCAUGGGUCUGGCCUCUUUGGAGCCUAUUCAUUAGCUAGACCAAAGAGGAUAACAGUUGAUUCGGAGGAAGCUGAGUUCGAUUAUGAAGUUGAAUCGGGUUUUCUCACCAUUGAUUUGAAAGUUCCAGAGACAGAAUUGUACCUUUGGGACAUCACCAUUGAACUUUGAGGAUUAUUAUGCAUGUAUUAGCAACUUCUGUAGGGUUAGAAGGAAAUGAUAUCUGUAGCCUGUAGUUGGAAUUCAUAAGUUGGGACAGAAAUGCAGA